GAUCUUCUUGUGCGCGUGUAUAUAUAUGCACAAAAGGGGGAUAUAGGGUUGACCAUAUUAUUUAAGAAGAGAGCCAAUAGAGAGAAAGGGAAGUGCAGGAAAUUUGCAGAGAGAUAACCCAAAGCAAAAGCAGAGCGUCGAUUCAAAGCUUAUAUAGGAAAUAGUAUAAUUGUAGGGAUUUGAUAUCCAUUUAAAGCACCAUUAAUGGCUUCUUGGAAGAAAACCAUCGCUUCCCCGUUCAAAAAAGCGUGCACUUUCUUCAACCAGCAACCCAGGGAUAAGAAGUCCCAAAGAGAGCAUGAAAAGCAUGUGAUGGAUCUGCACGGAGAGGUGAUGGCAUGUGCGUACGAAGAUGUGCAAGUCAUGUGGUCCAUCCUGGACAAGUCCAAAUCCACAGCCUGCAACAUCAAGCCCUAGAUUCCUCCCCCCUCCUUAUUUUUGUUUCCUCUUGC